ACGUGUUCGAUCCCGAACGGCGAAAACACAAAGGUAUGGAGAAACAACCAUUGGACAGGAGAUACGGCCGAGGAGUAGUGGCCGGAUAUGACCGACAAGCGAGCGUGCAUCUACGUGAUGGCGUGACGGCACGAUAGCAGGACGGAAUGGCGGACAGCGGUGAUUUGGCUUCGUCUCUCUCAGCAGCCUCGUCCCCGGCUCGCUUUUCAUUCUCUUUUCCAGCUUUCUAUGGCACCCCCUCAGCCUUGUGCUAAAUAUCAAUACGUUGUCACCGCUGCUGGCCCUAAAAUCGUCCCAGUUCCUGAUGCCCACUCUAAGGACGAGGAGUCUCCCGCCGACUACAACACUGGCGGUUAUCUCCCAGUCAAGGUUAAAGAUACAUUCAAGGAUGGAAGAUACAUUGUCCUCAGGAAACUGGGAUGGGGGCAUUUCUCCACAGUAUGGCUCAUCAAGGAUACCUUGUACGUACUCGUUUUCUUUCACGUCUUUUCUUCUUCCUAGCGGCGGCCAUGUCGUGUUUUUUUUUGUUUGCUGUGGUAAUCUUCGUCGCCACUUUGCAUCUGUGGCCUUAUCAAUCGUCAAUUCUAUCGCUAGCAUAAACAGUGGAUCAACCAUGCGCUGUCUUUUGCAAAAGUCAUAAAGGCCCUUACAUACGUCUGGAGAGCUAUGCCAAUCAUGCGGGACAGUCCGCACCCAUUCCUUGAAAUACUCUCUGUUCUGGGUCCGAAUGCUGUCCUCCCUUACAUGACUCUUGGCCUUUCUAUGUCUCUAAAUCGUGACUCCUGUGCUUCAUUUCUGGAUAUUCUCUGGCCGUUUGCUGCCCAUGCCUCCCUGGACAGCUGUCAGCCAGAGUGACCAACGUAAAUAUUUGUUAUGGUGUGAUUGCCAUGGUCGCAUAGCCGAGCACCAAACGGCAUUCCGCUCUCAAGGUAGUCAAAUCCGCCGGUCGGUAUGCUGAAACUGCUCGCGAUGAAAUCAAGCUCUUGCGCAAAGUCAUGGAUGCGAAUCCAGAGCACAGAGGUCGUGAUCAUAUUGUGUCUUUCCUCGACUCUUUCCAGCAUUGCGCACCAGAAAAUAUUCACGUCUGCCUUGUCUUCGAGCCUCUGGGCGAGAACCUCCUUGCGCUCAUUGACCGGCAUAAAGCCACCGGUGUCCCCGUGGGCCUUGUGAAGGUGAUCACCAAGCAGAUGCUUCUCGGUCUCCAGUACCUUCAUGACCAGUGUGACCUGGUACACACCGAUAUUAAGCCAGAGAACAUCAUGAUUUCCAUCCCUGACGUCGAGUCACAUAUCCAAGCUCAGCUAUCAAUAUCCCCCUCACCCACGUCACGUAAGGUUGGCGUACCUCCAAAGCAGAUCAUGCGUCCAGGUGUUGCGAUUCCGCGGCGACCCACGGGGCGUGAACGGCACGUGCAGAUCUUCGAUUCGCAACCGCUCUCGAGUCCCCUUCAUAGCGCCAGUUCAAGCCCGCCAGCUCGCAAUGCACUGCAGAUGUCUCGGAUUGACAGUAACCAAAGUACGCUCAGCCAGGUCCUUGCUUCAUCCAGUACGAACGACAAGGACAAGGCACCACAAACCUCACACGAUACUGACUCUAGCCCGUCAACGCCAGAUUUGUCCGACCACAGUGGUCCGUCUUCCGUGCUCGUCUCCACAAGCUACGCCUCGAGUAGCAACGAUACCCCGCCCACAUCUGUGGGUAGUGUGAUGAGCAGCAUGAUGAAGCUGACAAUGUCAAAUCCUGAAGCGUCAAGAACGUGUACUUGCCUGUGCAAAGAUAUGCCUGAUCUAGAAGAGGAAAAUAUCUCUCGGUCAGACGCUCUGCAGCGCCAGGAAGUACCACCUACCGGUCCAUCACUCCUUUCCCAAACCGCCCCGCAAAAUAUUCACCACCGAAAUUGCUCAUCGCAUUCUUCAUCUUCCGCUCCCCAUUCGAAAGCGCACCCGCCAACGCCACUUUCUCAAUCCCCUGUUAUGCCAUGUUCAGCUUCACCAGAACCUUUGCCUCCGAUCUCCAUCAAGAUUGCGGAUCUGGGGAAUGCUACGCCGUCUCGUAAGCAUUACACGGAAGACAUCCAAACACGACAGUAUCGUUCGCCAGAAGCGAUCCUCGGUCGUACCGACUGGGGAUACACGGCAGAUAUCUGGAGUGUUGCUUGUGUCGUGUUCGAGCUCUUGACAGCCGAGUAUCUCUUCGAUCCGCAAAGCCAGGGAGACUUGUUCGGAAAAGAUGAUGAUCAUAUGGCGCAGAUCAUUGAGUUGCUGGGCGACUUUGACACGGAGAUGAAGUUCGGCGGGAGGUAUAGUAGGGAGAUCUUCGACAGUUCAGGCGCGCUUCGGUAUAUCCGUAGUCUCAAGCCGUGGCCUUUGAAGCGGGUGAUGAUGGAGAAAUAUCUCUGGUCUGAACCUGAUGCCGCGGCGCUAUGCGAGUUCCUGGAACCUAUGCUCGUUGUAGACCACCGGAAACGGAAACAGGCCCAUGACAUGGUCGGUCAUCCAUGGCUAGAAGUUGACCUCCGUUCGCCAGACCUUGUUGCGUUGUAGGGGGAUCGUGUCGGGUGAACGGAUAAUUGGGUUGACGUGCGGUUUACGUGCGUUCUGCUUUAUAUUGGAAUUGGGCUUUAAACAGUCUCAGGUGGAAUGGCGAAAUCACAGAUCGUCUUAUUGCGUGAUCUGACAGGAGGUUGUUGUGUUACCCUUACCUUUCAUUCCGGGUUUAUAGUUGGUGUUCUCUUCUUGUCCUUCUUUUACGGAGACCCUCGCAGUUAUGACUGCUCACGAACUCUUUUUUCACAUUCUUCCAUCACAUCAGUUACCUUUACUUCCUUCUCCGUCGGCAUCGUAGGUUGCCUGGCGAUGCUAAUGUUUUAAUUUUAUCCUUUAUGUACAGUUUGUUGCUCUCACGACUACCUCCCUCAUGACUAGACAUUAGAUUGUCCCUAUGCCCUUUUUGCAUUUUCAUAUUCUUGUCGUUUAGUUCCCCUGUUGUCUUAUAAUACUUGUUCUUGUUUCUGAUGUCCUCUAUCCAAGUGUCGGGGUCCGUACCUUAGUAGUCUGUUAGACGGUAUAUGUGUACCCGACUACUGUAGCAUAAAAUGUGUUCUCUAGAUUUCCAUGACCGCUCGGUGUCCACUGUCCAAGUUAUUCUC